AUGCUGUUCCUGUCGUUCGGAAUACUGCUGCAGUGCACCUCAGCACUGCGGUCAGAAAGCCGGGCAGAGAGCUACCUGGAGCGGCUGAGCCACCAUGCCAGCUACACACCUGACGAGUACGCAAAGAUGAUUGAGGAGUACGAGGCUACAUGGAGCAAGCUCGGUGUCGAGGUCGAGGUCUUCAAGUCAAUCGAAGAGCUCGUUCAACAUCAGGCCUACCACACGCCAUGGUUGGGUCCGGCGGACAAGAAAGUGAGCUGGGGCAGUUCGAAAGACACUUCAUCGUGCAAAGAUGAUCUUUGCUUCGCUGUUGGGAUUGAGCACGUGGUGCCGUACUUUGCCGAAACCGAGGCCAUCCUCUACCAUGGAGGCAACCUCAAGGCGCAGGAGUUUGCAGAUGGCAUCAAGUUCGGCAUGGGCUUGGACCAAAUUUCCGGCCCUACAUUCUUCGCCACCCAUAACUUGUUCUUGGCCCUCUAUUAUGGUGGAAAAGGCCUUCUGUCAUGGGGAGACUGGUCGGAUGCCUCAAGCAAGGAGUUCUACCGCAUGGCGCUGGAGAUUAAGGUUCAGAACCCGAGCCAGUGCGCAGGCAUCGUUCCAAACUGGAAGUUUCUAACCGAGAUGGCGACGAAGUUCAACUCGUCUUUGGAGAGCAUGAUUCAGCAACCGUGCGGCCGCGAGCGGUGCUCCUUUGUGGCUGUAAACUGGAACAAAGAAGACCAAGAAGGAUCAGCGCUGAUCCCCUACGAGUUUCGGAUGCUCCCGGGCAGCGUGGAGACUUGCGGGUUGAAGCUCUCAAAGGUGAUCAUGGUGCACACGGAUGUCGACGACAAGAUGUUCAACGACUUCGAGGGGAGCGAGUCGUGGAUGGCCAGCGGUCAAACGUUCAAGGAGCUUCUGAUGAGAAAUAUCGAAGCAAGGAAGCUUGCAGCUAGAUCAAAUUCGUCACAAGUGGCUUGA